AUGGCACGAGAAAUAGACUUGAGGAGUGACUCAGUGACAAAACCCACUCCUGAUAUGAGGGAAGCAAUGAAAAAUGCUGUAGUUGGAGAUGACAUGUAUAAAGAAGACCCCACAGUAAACGAAUUGGAAGAGAAAGUCGCCAGUUUGUUUGGAAAGGAGAAUGCCCUCUUUGUUCCCUCAGGAACGAUGGGAAAUCUUGCUGCCGUGAUAUCGCAUUGCUGGGCAAAAGGACAGGAAAUCAUCGUGGGCGAUCAAUCGCACAUAUUUAUUCUUGAACAGGGAGGAAUCGCACAGCUGGGAGGUCUUCACGUGAGCUGCGUGCGAACUCAAGAGGACGGCACAUUUAACUUAGAGGAGCUAAAAGAGAAAAUACGACCUCGAAUUCCGCAUAUAAGGGGUUCUUCCAAGAUGGAUGUCGAGUAUCCCGAACCUUCCACUGCUCUCAUAUGCUUGGAGAACCCUCACAAUAUACUUGGUGGAAGAAUCCUGCCUAUCUCAUUCAUUCAACAGGUGUGCUCCCUAGCUGGAAGCAAUGGCAUCCCCGUCCAUAUGGACGGGGCCAGAAUCAUCAAUGCUUCCGUACAGUGCGGCGUUCCUGUGCAUGAAAUAGUCAAAGAUUGCGCUUCUGUCAUGAUGUGUCUCUCCAAGGGAGUUGGUGCACCCAUAGGGUCAGUUGUGGCUGGUUCAAAACAUUUUAUUGAAAGGGUCCAUAAAUACCGGAAGGCUCUGGGUGGAGGCAUGCGACAAGCCGGCGUCAUGGCUGCAGCCGCUCUCGUUGGAUUAAAGUCAGCCGAAGAGAGGAUGCGAACUGACAACCAGAGGACUAAAAAGUUAGCCCAAGAUAUUCAUGAUCUGCAAAGCAACCUUGUCACUUGUGAUCCAGAUUUGGUCGAAACUAACAUGAUCCUGCUUCAAUUUCCAUCUCCUGAUUUCACAUCUCAAGACUUCGUGAAAAGAAUGACCCAAGUGAAGAAAGGAGACAACGAGCAAGUUAUUGUGAAGGCUUCCUUGUGGUUCAAGAAUAGAGUGCGAUGCGUUUUGCAUUCAGAUUUGACUCAGGAAGAUGUCGACUGCGCAAUGAAGAAAAUUCGGGACAUCGUUUCGUAA